AUGGCAGAGGAGGCUAUCCGGCUAUUUCAGCUUGCGGGCGAGCUGGAAGGCCAGGGAGAAAUGAAAGAGGCGGUAAAGACGUAUAAACAAGCAUUCCGGCUGCGAGACGACGUGGACGUGCUGUAUCGAAAGAUGAGAAUGCUGGAGAUCGGUCAACCGGAAGACAAAGAAGCCGCGGAGAAACCAGAAAUCCAGCCCAAGGGCGAGUGCUAUUUGAGCCGGCUGCCUACCGAAUUGAUUGCCAAGAUCCUUUUCUACCUUGCACAGGACUCUCUCAAGGCCUACAAGCGGGCCCAGAAAUCAGGGCGAGUGUUUUGGAUCCCCCACGACAGCGCCCUGUUUUGGGAGCCCAUGUGCCUUGGUACCUAUCAGGAUGCAGCCCUACAUGUGCACAAGUAUAUCAGCUGGUACGAAAUGUUCCGGAAAAGACCAACAAUGCGCUAUGACGGGGUGUAUGUGGCCACCUGCAGGUACUAUCGCGAGGGCGAGCAGGAGGGGUCCUCGUGGUUCCCGCCGACAAUUGAGGUUAUUUAUUAUCGAUAUUUGCGUUUUCUGCCCAACGGGUCGCUCCAGUCGUUACUUUCAAACGACUCGCCAACUACAAUGCUGCCGUUUCUCGACUCGCCAAAGGCCUUUGAGGGCAAGUGGGAGUUGGAUGCAGAAACCGGUGAAUUAAAAAUCGAGACCCGAGGGCCCGUCAAGCACUACAUUCUGCAUAUGGACCUGCGAGUCAUGUCUUCGGGCGGCAAGCUGCACAACAAGCUGAAGUGGCAAAAUUACCGGUUUCUGAACACUCUACAAAACUCCUACGGCGAGUUUGACCUCAAAAACGAUAAAAGCUUCUUCUUCCACCGCGCCUGA